AUGCCACAGGAAGAAAAACAGAGGUAUAGGCCGGAGCAGAAAAAGAAGCUGCCGCACAGCAUAGACUCUAUCUCUUUGGAGCAGGACGAGCUGGGCAUAGAAAACAUCCGCCUAAUAGACUAUGGCGGAAAGGACGACGAAAUAUUCAAGGACCUUUCGAUGGACGACGCCGAAAGCAUAGACGACUUGGACAUAACCAAAAUAUACGAGAACGAGCUGGAGCAGAGCAACGAUGAGCUAGAGAUUGGGGAGGAGGACCUGCGAAAAAUCCGAGGGUUUGAAGAAAGCGUGAACGGUAAGGGCAAGGCAAACACGCACAUGUUCGGGUCUUUCUACCCAAACGCGGACACAGGCUACAGAGUCCCCGACUUGAACAGCGACGUGGACAACGACAUAUGCAAGGAAAACAUAAGGAAAAUAUACAGCUAUCUGGGGGAAGACCAAAAAAAAGAGGAGGAGAUGCAGGUUGAGAUUGAAAAGACUCUCGAGUAUAUCCGAAGCAUAAAAGGCUCAGAGCCUAAGGAUGGCCUAUAA